CAGCCACUUUCCCCCCUUUAAAGCCUGCAAUGGCAGUUGAGUCUUUCUCAUACCUCAUUAUGUUGACACUGACCCUCUUGUUCCCAUCUGUCACCCUCUGCCUCCCCCCACCCCCGCGGUGACUUCCUGGAUAAUCCAUGGAUCAUCUCCCCAUUUAAAGGUCAGCUGAUAAGCAACCUUAAUUCCAUCUGUGCCUUAAUUCUGCCUUGCCAUGUAGCCUCACGUAUUCACAGGUUCUGGGGAUUAGUGCGUGGAUGUCUUUGGGGGCCAUUAUUCUGCUCACCGCAACCACCUUUUUGUGAUUUCACAGGUGGUUGAAAUGAAAGUUCUUGUCUUGUAUUUUUGCCUUCUAGAGAUUUUUGCUGAAUUAAUUACCAGUAACAGUUCAAUAUGGGGGACGUUCUGGCUCAUGAAUCCGAAUUACUUGGACUAGUGAAAGAGUAUUUAGAUUUUGCUGAAUUUGAAGACACCCUGAAAACAUUUUCAAAAGAAUGCAAAAUAAAAGGAAAACCAUUAUGUAAAACAGUAGGCGGAUCUUUCAGAGACUCCAAAUCAUUGACAAUUCAGAGGGACCUUGUCACUGCAUUUGAAAACGGAGACCAGAAGGUAUUCUUCGAUCUGUGGGAGGAGCACAUUCCCAGUUUCAUCCGCGAUGGGGACUCCUUUGCCCAGAAGCUGGAAUUCUAUCUCCACAUCCAUUUUGCCAUCUAUCUUCUGAAGCACUCUGUGGGGAGACCGGACAAAGAGGAGCUGGAUGAAAAGAUUUCUUAUUUCAAAACCUACCUGGAGACCAAAGGGGCAGCCUUGAGCCAGACCACGGAGUUUCUUCCUUUCUAUGCUCUUCCUUUUGUUCCCAACCCUAUGGUACACCCCUCAUUUAAAGAACUCUUCCAGGAUUCCUGGACUCCAGAGUUAAAGGUGAAGUUGGAGAAGUUUCUAGCUUUAAUAUUUAAAGCCAGCAACACGCCAAAGCUCUUAACAAUAUAUAAGGAGAGUGGACAAAGUAACAAAGAAACGUUGCAUCAGCUCCACCAGCAGCUGGUUGAAGCUGAACGUAGGUCAAUGACAUACCUCAAACGGUACAAUAAGAUCCAGGUGGACUACCACAAUCUCAUUGGAGUCACAGCAGAGCUGGUGGAUUCUCUGGAGGCCACGGUCAGCGGCAAGAUGAUCACCCCUGAGUACCUGCAGAGCGUCUGUGUCCGCCUGUUCAGUAACCAGAUGCGACAGAGCCUGGCACACAGUGUGGACUUCACGAGGCCCGGGACGGCAUCCACCAUGUUGCGAGCCUCCUUGGCACCCGUGAAAUUGAAGGAUGUCCCAUUACUGCCCUCUCUGGAUUAUGAGAAACUGAAGAAGGAUUUGAUUUUGGGGAGUGACCGCUUGAAAGCCUUCUUGUUGCAGGCUCUGCGCUGGCGCUUGACCACAUCCCAUCCUGGAGAGCAGAGGGAAACCGUUCUGCAGGCCUACAUCAGCAAUGACCUCUUGGACUGUCAUAGCCACAACCAGAGGAGUGUGCUUCAGUUGCUGCACUCCAAGAGCGAUGUGGUACGGCAGUACAUGGCCAGGCUCAUCAAUGCUUUUGCGUCACUGGCAGAAGGUCGCCUCUACCUUGCCCAGAACACAAAGGUGCUGCGGAUGCUGGAGGGAAGGCUGAAGGAGGAGGACAAGGACAUUGUCACCAGGGAGAACAUUCUUGGGGCCCUGCAGAAGUUCAGCCUCAGGCGCCCGCUGCAGACAGCAAUGAUUCAAGAUGGCCUUAUCUUCUGGCUGGUUGAUGUUCUGAAGGACCCAGACUGCCUGUCUGACUACAUGCUGGAGUACUCGGUGGCUUUGCUCAUGAACCUCUGUCUCCGCAGCGCAGGGAAGAACAUGUGUGCCAAGGUGUCAGGCCUCGUUCUCAAAGUCCUUUCGGAUCUUCUUGGCCAUGAAAACCACGAGAUCCAGCCGUAUGUGAAUGGAGCUCUGUACAGCAUCCUUUCUGUUCCAAUCAUUCGUGAGGAAGCAAGAGCAAUGGGAAUGGAAGACAUCCUACGCUGCUUCAUCAAAGAAGGCAAUGCCGAAAUGAUCCGCCAGAUAGAAUUCAUCAUCAAGCAGCUUAAUUCCGAAGAGCUACCAGAUGGUGUUCUUGAAUCUGAUGAUGAUGAAGAUGAAGAUGAUGAAGAGGACCAUGACAUCAUGGAAGCUGAUCUGGACAAAGAUGAACUGAUCCAGCCCCAGCUUGGAGAACUCUCAGGAGAGAAGCUUCUGACCACAGAGUACCUGGGGAUCAUGACCAACACAGGGAAGACAAGGCGGAAGGGGCCGGCCGGUGUGCUGCGGAGCGGGGAUGAGCCGCUGCGAAGGCCUGUCACCCCCAGUGGCCACAGAAACGGGUACCCAGUGCUGGAAGACCAUCACACACUUCCCCAGACAGCCCGACAUGCCAGGAACAACUGCCCACAGGCCCUGCCAAACACUCACGAGGCUGUCUCCGGUGAGGGCAAGCCCAGCACCCCUGAGUCCCGCGUUUCCUCUUCAUUGGCCAUCAACGCCAGGCCCAGAGAGUGGCGGCCAAGAGGAUGUCAGGAAGAGCCUCACCCGGCCAGCACAGGGACCCCCAGCCAGCCGAGGGAGGCGCCCCAGGACCCAGGUCGCACAUUUUGUUCUAAGGAAUGUACGUCAGCCUUCACCUGCAAACCCCGCACCCCCAGCACUCCAGAGAUACCGAACUGGAAGCCACCCAAGGCAAAGGUGUCAGUCCUGGCCCCUUCGUUCUCUUCGUGUGGCCCCCAGCAGGCCAGCCACCCUGGCUCCACAAGGGGCCUGCCGAGUAAGUCAGCCUGGGCCCCUCUAGCAUGGGAGCCCGGCCACCCGCCAACCCGGAGGGAAGGGCAUUUUGCUGCUGUGUUUGGCCCCGUGCUGCCGUGUGUGACAAGCCAGGCCAGAGGGGAAGAAGGCCUGCUUCCCUUCCCCACACAACCAGGCCCCAGCAUGUGGCUUCCUUUCCUCCAGGGACCCUUUCUACAUGAAUCUUCCUUCCUAUAAAUUCCCUUCGCCGGGUGCAGUGGCUCA